GCGCAGAAGCGGUCCAGUAGCACAGUAAUUAGCAUCCUGCCCUCAGUUAAAGCCGUGUAAAAGUGAAGAAAAUGUGACUUUAUCAGAGAAUUGAACUCAUGUUCCGGCUCCAGAAAACGCCAGUGUGCAGUGGAAACGCGUGUUAUUGGACCCGUGUUUUUAACUGAGCAGAACGUGCUGCUUAGCCACAGUAGCUGCUGUUAGCCACAGUAGCUGAAGUUCGUGUGUUGAGACGGACGCGGCUAAAGUUGAUAGAAACUCUGUGACAUUAGAAUGAAUCGAGACACCGAAAAAGCCCGGAUAUUCGCAGAUGAUUCCCACCGAAAAUAAACUCUCAACUCGCGUGACCUUUUCUUUUCCACUGAACUGCAGAGACUAGCUCGCUGCUAGCCUCGGCUAUCUAACGUCUGACUUACCUACGAAAGAUCAAUGCAUGUUGUUGAUGGCGGCCAUGGACUCUGUGACAGAGACAUUCCCCAUGGUGCAUCAAAAUGGGAAUGUCCAUCGGGAAUCCCCAGAGACACGAGUGUCUGCAUCUGUCCUGAGGCUUCACUUGUACCACAGCAGCAAUGAGGGGGCAGAGUGCACUGUGCUUACCUAUCCGCCAGGAGACUAUGUGGCUGAAGAGCUGUGUAUGGAGGCGGCAACAGCAUGCAGUAUAUCACCUCUUUACUGCAGCCUCUUUGCUCUCUACAGACAAAGAGAUGCUUUGUGGUUUUCACCCAACCACAUGUUCCAGCUUGACCAAUCGACAUCAGAGGAUGUGUUUUUCAGAAUAAGAUACUACUUUCCCAGCUGGUACAGUGGUGGUACGUCUCGAGCGUAUCGAUAUGGAGUCACUAGAGGCUCAGAAAGCCCAGUCCUCGAUGACUUUGUAAUGUUGUACCUGUUCUCGCAGUGGAGAAACGAUUUCAUCAACGGUUUGGUGAAAAUCUCAGACUCUCAUGAAGCUCAGGAAGAGUGUCUGGGUUUGGCGGUGCUGGAUAUGACGAGGACAGCAAAGGAGAGACACUUGUCUCCACUGGACGUCUACCACACCACGAGUUACAAGUCCUUUCUGCCAAAGGACAUGAGAGCUCAGAUCCAGAACUGCAACUUCUUGACACGUAAGCGGAUUCGCUUCCGCUUCAAGCGUUUCAUCCAGCAGUUCAGUCAGUGUCGUACCACAGCACGUGACCUCAAGCUGAAGUACCUCAUCAGCAUGGAGUCUUUGGACAAAGGCUUUUACACGGAGACAUUCAAGGUCCAAGAACUGUCGCAUGGUCCCCUUGUCCUCCUGGUGGCGGCGGACACUGGUGUUCAGUGGUGUCAAGAGAAACUGAAAGACUCUGAGCAGGAGCUGCAGACUUUAUGUGAUUUCCCUGAUAUCACCGACAUCAGCAUCAAACUGGCGAGUAAAGAGGGCGCCGUGGAGAGUCGCGUGGUCACCAUCAACAAGCAGGAUGGAAAGAAUCUGGAGCUGGAGUUCCUCACCUUACCUGAAGCUCUGUCCUUUGUGUCUCUCAUCGACGGCUACUAUCGACUGACCACAGACGCACAUCACUACCUUUGUAAGGAGGUGGCGCCGCCAAGACUUGUGGAGGUCGUCACUUCUCACUGCUAUGGCCCCAUUUCAAUGGAGUUUGCCAUUCAUAGACUUCAGAAAUGUGGAAACAAACGAGGUCUUUACAUUUUGAGACGUAGCCCAAAAGACUUUAACAAGUAUUUUCUGACUUUUCCUGUGGAGGUGUGUGGCGCUGUAGAGCACAAACACUGUCAGAUAACUAGAUCUGCCAGUGGAGAGUUUAAUCUGAGUGGAGCCAAAAGAAACUUCAGCAGCCUUCAGGAACUUCUCAGCUGCUACCAGAAGGAAACGGUUCGCUCUGACACUGUUGUUUUCCAGUUCAGCAGGUGCUGUCCACCUAAAGCUAAAGAAAAGUCGUGUUUGCUCAUGUGCCGGAGCAACAAAAGUUCAGAAGUUCCUCCGUCUCCAUCUCUGCAUCGACACAACAUCAAUCAGAUGGUGUUUCACAAAAUAAGGAAAGAAGAUCUGGACAUUGUGGAAAGUCUUGGCCAAGGAACGUUUACAAAGAUCUUCAAAUGUGUUCGUAAAGAGUUGGGAGAUUAUGGACAGAUUCAUCAGACAGACGCAGUGAUGAAGGUGUUGGACCAGGAUCACAGGAACUACUCUGAGUCAUUCUUUGAAGCAGCCAGUAUGAUGAGCCAGCUGUCACAUAAACACUUGAUCCUCAACUACGGCGUCUGUGUCUGUGGUGAACAAAACAUCAUGGUGCAGGAGUAUGUGAAGUUUGGCUCCAUGGACAUUUACCUGAAGAAGAACAAGAACUCCAUUAACAUCCUGUGGAAGCUGGAAGUGGCCAAACAGCUGGCCUGGGCCAUGAACUUCUUGGAAGAAAAACAACUGGUCCAUGGAAACGUUUGUGCUAAAAAUGUUCUGGUGAUUAGAGAAGAGGGUCGUAGGGCGGGAAACGCCCCCUUCAUCAAACUGAGUGAUCCUGGCAUCAGCAUCACUGUCCUGCCCAGAGACAUACUCGUUGAAAGGAUUCCGUGGGUUUCUCCUGAGUGCGUCAAUGAUCCCGCUAACUUGAGCCUGGCUGCAGACAAGUGGAGCUUUGGCGCCACCUUGUGGGAGAUCUGCAGCAGUGGAGACAAACCAUUAGCUACUCUGGACAAUUCAAAGAAAACCAUGUUCUACGAGGAUCAUCAUCAACUUCCUGCACCAAAGUGGACUGAACUGGCCAACCUGAUCACCAGCUGCAUGGACUACGAGCCCACGUUCAGACCAACGUUUCGUGCCGUCAUCCGUGACCUCCACAGCCUCUUCACACCAGAUUAUGAGCUGAUCGCAGACGGUGACAUUCUUCCAAACCGAGGUUCUGGUCCGGCUUGGUCUAGCUUUGAGAGUCAGGAACCAUCUCAGUUUGAAGAAAGACAUCUGAUUUUCUUACAGCAGCUCGGAAAAGGAAACUUUGGCAGUGUGGAGAUGUGUCGCUAUGAUCCUCUUCAGGACAACACAGGGGAAGUGGUGGCUGUGAAGAAGUUACAGAAUUCCACCGCUGAACACGUACGAGACUUUGAGCGAGAGAUCGAGAUCCUGAAAUCUCUGCAGCACGAGAACAUCGUCAAGUACAAAGGUGUUUGCUACAGCGCAGGGCGACGGAAUCUGCGUCUGGUUAUGGAAUAUCUGCCUUUUGGAAGUUUACGAGAUUAUCUGAUGAAAAACAAGGAGAGGGUUGACAACAAGAAACUCGUACAUUACACUUCUCAGAUCUGCAAGGGGAUGGAGUACCUGUCGAGUAAACGAUAUAUCCACAGAGACCUGGCCACGCGCAACAUUCUGGUGGAGACUGAGCAGAGGGUGAAGAUCGGAGACUUUGGCCUCACCAAAGUUCUUCCUCAGGACAAAGAGUACUACAUGGUCAAAGAGCCGGGAGAGAGCCCCAUCUUCUGGUACGCACCUGAAUCUUUGACUGAGAGUAAAUUCUCUGUGGCGUCAGACGUCUGGAGUUUUGGAGUCGUUCUUUACGAACUUUUCACCCACAGUGACAAAGUGUGUAGCCCCCCUGCUGUUUUUAUGUCAAUGAUGGGAAAUGACAAACAGGGGCAGCUGAUCGUUUAUCACCUGACUGAACUGCUGAGGUCAGGAAGUCGACUGCCACAGCCACUGGACUGUCCAGCAGAGAUUCACGAGGUGAUGAACGAGUGUUGGAACAAUGAGCCGAGUGUUCGUCCUUCAUUUAAAGAACUUGCUCUACGCAUCGACCUGUUCAGAGACUCUACAGACUGACCUCUAAGCAAGGCACUACAGCGUCUUUAACUCCUGCCAUUACAAACAUCUUCACCAGUUUAGACAACGUUGUGAUCGACUGAGAACCUUCAACCAUGUUCUCACAACUGUGUGUGCGUGCGUGUGUGUGUGUGUGUGUGUGUGUGUGUGUGUGUGUGUGUGUGUGUGUGUGUGUGUGCGUGUGCGUGCGUGUGUGUGUGUGUGUGGCUAGCAGGGCUAGCUAUGGUCGCCUCUUCCCUAAA